AUGGUUUUUCACGUGUUUGAAGCGACUGUUCCUCCUCCUCCUCGGCCGGACAAUAAAGCCAGACGUGGCUAUUACACUCGUAGCGUGCUUUGCGAUGCCGUAAAGCAAGCAAUAUUUGGCACUAUGACGGUAACUGAAGCAGCUCGAUACUACAAAAUUCCACGAACAACUAUACAGAAGCACGUCAGGAGCAUUAUAUCCGCCAGAUGGAAGCCGCACGGCAGCGUCAGCCUAGUAGAUGCGGAGACCGCGUUGAGUGCCGAUUAUCCGAACCAAGGAAGAACUAUGUCACUUGCUGUGAACAAGUUUGUUCUGCUCACUUUAUAG